AUUAUGCCGCGAAGGCUUCUGGACUUGAAAGACGUCGAACGAUCGAAAGUGGUCAGAUUGGUUGAGACUUCUACUGCUGUCGACGUAGAUGUUCGUUAUGCUACCCUCAGUCACUGCUGGGGGCCCAGGACGUCCAAGCCACCACUCAAAACCAUUUCCGACAAUAUAACUCGUAUACCAUUAGAUGAUUUGAACCUAAAUUUCAGGGAUGCAGUCUUGAUCGCCAUCAAGCUUGGUGUCCAGUACAUAUGGAUUGACUCUCUCUGCAUCAUCCAAGACAACUCCAAUGACUGGGAAAUUGAGGCAGCCAAGAUGGCAGAUAUUUACCGUCAAAGUUAUAUAAAUCUUGCUGCCUCUGCUGCACAUGAUGCUCAUGGAGGCAUGGUCGAUCUCUCUUCCCUCUAUAUUUCCAAGGCUAUACCUACUGCCGUGAUUCGAUAUCGCUCAACCGACACAACAGUACGAAACGCAGCAGACGAAGCCGACCAAGAACUGAUGAUCAGGCCCUCGUCACAAAAAGAAGAAUAUCGCGAACUUCUGUCCCACAAAUCCUCUCCAUACUUUACAAGGGGUUGGGUCCUCCAGGAAGUCGCACUAGCGCCAAGAACAGUAUAUUUUACAACCGAUCAAAUCAUGUGGCAAUGCCGAGAGCUUUUCGAAUCAGAAGAUGGAGCAUGGUCUGUAGAGAAUGUGAUGCCAGCGCUGGAUUACGGCUUUACUGUCGCAAACGGCUUCGACUUUACAAGCAAGGUCCGGGCUUAUUCUUUAUGGCAGAUGUGGUUGAGGUCAUAUGCGACGCGCGAGCUCACCUUUCUUUCCGACGCGGCGGCGGCAGCAGCAGGCUUAAUUAAUUAUUACAAGUCUGCUACCGGACAUACGCCCAUGCUUGGGCUGUGGAAAGAAACGCUGCAUGCCGAUUUGAAUUGGGCUAUU